ACUACGGAUGUGUCAGGGGAAAGGCAUCGCUUGGUCUCCUUAACAUUUUCAUCGGGUCUUUCAUUGGUUUUCCUCUGUCUCCGUGGACUCUGUUCUGUCAGUCCCGCCUGUGGAGCAAAAUCUUCUUGGAAUGGUCUUGGAAUGAGAACUCUCGCACUAGAUGUUCAGUGUUUCUAACCCACACGUGACAAUGGCCCACCACCAUGACCUCAAAGCUGGUUGCUGACCUAAAGGAUGCUGGGAAAUACCAAGCGCUUUUUUGGCAGCAUGGAGGACAAAGACGGUGAGGAUGAGGAAGAUGAAGAGGAGAGGUUGAGGAGGGGAAAACAAAAUGGGCUGAUAGAUCUGGGAGAAAACGAAUAUCAGAACCGAGGUGGACGCAAGACAGAUGGGUCUAAGCCAGCGGCCGUUGUGAUUGGCUGGCAACGAGGAGAGAGGCAACCGAGGGCGGUCAAUUCUGCCCAAAGAGGAAUUCCUCAUAUGCCCAGUCAGCCGACUCUGUAUCAUCAGACGACCAAUCAGCCGAUAUAUCAUCCAGUUUUGACCAAUCAGCAGUCCCGGAGGCGUAUGAUGGAGCGGAGUAUGACCACGGUCACACCUGUAGAAGACUCGCAUCUCGCCGUGAUUGUGUUCAGAAUUGGCAUACCUGAUAUCAAACAAACGAAGUGUUUGCGCUUUGAUCCGGAUUCCACCGUUUGGUGUGCGAAGCAACAGAUUAUUUGUUCUCUCAGCGAGACGUUGUGGGACGUCUACAAUUAUGGCCUUUUCCAGCCAGCUGGAGAAGGAAGAGAUGCCAAGUUUCUGGAGGAAGAGCGUUUGCUGGGAGAAUUCUCACAGUCCCUGGAGAAGGGUGUGCCCUACCUGGAGUUCAGAUAUAAGACACGAGUCUACAAACAAACAAACCUAGAUGAGAAACAUCUGGCCAGACUCCACACCAAGGCCAAUCUGAAGAAGUUUAUGGACUAUGUUCAGACUGGAGCAGUGGAGAAGCUGGGUAAAGCUCUGGAGAAAGGACUGGAUCCGAACUACCAUGACACUGAAAGCGGAGAGUCUCCGUUAACCCUGGCUGUUCAAGGGACUUUGAACAUUGAAGGGAUUCAUGUUCUUGUGCUAAACGGAGCUCAUAUGGAUUUCCGGUCUAGAGACGGACUCACACCCCUGCAUAAAGCAGUCAGAGCACACAACCAAUCUGCACUUCUGGUGCUGCUGUCUAUGGGAGCGUCUCCAGAUUACAGAGAUCGCUGUGGUCAAACGCCGCUAUACCACUCUGUGCUGACAGGGGGCGACACCUCCUGUUGUGAAACACUGCUGUACUAUAGAGCACGACUGGGGGUCAGAGAUGAAAACGGUUGGGAUGAGUCGCACCAGGCGUGCCAGCACGGUUUUGCCCAGCACUUAGAGCACCUCCUGUUCUAUGGAGCAGACACCACAUCCCAGGAUGCAUCAGGGAACACCGCCCUCCACAUAUGUGCCGUUUACAACAAGGAGAGCUGCAUGCGGGUUCUUCUUUACCGAGGAGCCAAAAAGGAGAUAAAGAACAAACAUGGUCAAACCCCUUUCCAGGUUGCUGUGAUGUCUGGCAAUUUUGAGCUUGGAGAAAUCAUCAAAAAUCACAACGACAUGGAUGUGGUUCCUUUUUUAGAAACCCCUAAAUAUUCUCCUCACUUCAUGGAUGGUGUGCCGAAUCAAGCCAUCACGGCCGGCCUUCAGCAUCCCCACCCGCUGACGCGUGCCAAGAGCGAGAACAUCGUGACAUCAACCCCAGCGGACCCCUCGCUUCAGCCCACCCUCACUUCCAACGUGCCACCUUCACAGACUCAACGGCGGGCCUCAUUCGCUCUGAGGAGUUCCAGCAGUCCACGUGGAGCUCGCACCCGCUCUCCAUCACGCGGGAGAGAGGGAGGAGAGGUUGAGGAGAAGCCGCAGAAACAGCGAGGAAGGCAGGGAGUGGUCGGAGGUCAGAGGAAGAGGCUGUACAGUGCUGUUCCAGGUCGCGUGUUUGUUGCGACACGUUCUCACUCCGCUCACGGCGAACGCGAGAUCAACCUCAGCAAAGGAGACAAGGUCAAAGUUCUCAGUGUGGGUGAAGGAGGAUUCUGGGAAGGUACGGCGAAGGGUCGAACCGGCUGGUUUCCGGCUGACUGUGUAGAAGAGGUGUUGCCACAGAAUCAAGAACAGCCAACAGAAAGCCGCAGUGAGAAAGCGAAGAGGAAGCUGUUUCGUCAUUACACCGUAGGAACGUACGAAGGUCUCGAGGUGCCCAGUGAUUACAUCAUCAAGGAGAAGACUGUACUUCUGCAGAAAAAAGACAAUGAAGGCUUUGGUUUUGUUCUCAGAGGGGCCAAAGCCCAGACUCCAGUGGAGGAGUUCAGCCCGACUCCAGCGUUUCCUGCCCUGCAGUACCUGGAGUCUGUGGAUGAAGGGGGAGUCGCGUGGAGGUCCGGUCUGCGGAUGGGGGACUUUCUGAUAGAGGUGAAUGGAAUGAAUGUGGUUAAGGUGGGACACAGGCAGGUGGUGAACACGAUCCGUCAAGGUGGGAACAGCCUGAUGGUGAAGGUCGUCAUGGUGGCGCGGAAUCCUGAGAUGGAGGAAAUGCCUAAAAAGAAAGUUCCUCUGCAAAGUAAGCGACUGACCCCCCCAGCUAUAUCGGUUCGCUCCAAAUCCAUGACUUCAGAACUGGAGGAGAUGGUGGAUAAAGCAGCUUCACCAUGGACCAAUAAAUCAGAUCACACGGAGAGCUCUCAAGCAGCUGAGAAGAAGAGGAGUGUCUAUCAAAUGGCUCUUAAUAAACUGGAUGAGAUUCUGGCUGCUGCUCAGCACACAAUUAGCACGUCUGACUCUCAGGGUCACAGAGGUCACGGGGGCAAGAAGGAACGAAACAAGGGCUUUAAUACUAAUGAGCAAACAUUUGAACAAUCAGGUGUUGGCAUGAUGUCAUCAGGAUCUGGGUAUGGUUAUAACCAAGCCCAGUUUUCAUCAGGCCAUUCAACUCAGCGUGCUGUGAUGAUGCGUCAGAAAUCUAUGGGAGGGACCGAGGAGGAGAGGGUACAACUUCAUCCUCCUACUAUGAAGUUGUCCCGCAGUCUUUCUGUGCCUGGACCGGAGGACAUCCCCCCUCCGCCCGACACCUCAGCGCCUGAGCCACCGCUUUCUGCCGGUGGCCACACAGACCGGAGAUCUGCCCCAACACAUUUCUAUAGUGUCCCUCCACUUCCUCCAUCACACCAUCUGCCUCACAGCCAGACACAGCACCGGGUUCCACCCAACCGGAGGGGGGAUACAGAUCCCAACAAGAUGAGUGGAGCAAGAAUGGGUGGCCUGAGACGUGGAUAUAGCAACGCCACACCCCCCUCUGACAUGAGCAGCAAGCCAUCCACCGCACAGCGUAACCAAGUGCCGGCGGUGGCCAAAGUCGCAAGUCGGCAGGGAGGGAAGGGGCUGUUAGUGAAGCAGCGUAAGGUGGAGGAAACAACUGGCAAAGUGGAGAAAUGUUCUAUUGCAAUCCCGACUAUUAUUGUUAAAGCACCAUCUACCAGCAGCUCUGGACAUAGCAGCCGUGCGAGCAGCGAGGACCCCGAGCCACCUCCUGAGCCUACUGAGGAGCAGAUGGAGGGAAAGCCUCAAAACGCUGUCCCGACUCCCACUCCUCCCCCACCACCCAGUUUGCCACCGAAACUGGAAUCACUGGGCAGGAGCACAGCACAGCGAGAACGGGAGCGCUAUCGCGAUUCCCGUCGGAGAAGCGCCUCCUUCUACUAUUCCUCUGAGGAGGACUUGUUGGACGAGCAUGAAUCUACUCAGAGUUCCGUGGAGCCCAGGUCCUCCGCUCCACGUCUACGUCCUUCCAAAUCUAUCGACGAAGGAUUGAUCUCUGGUGACGCCUUAAGCAUGCCGCCCGCGUUUGGGUUGCCGCAGUACGCAUCAGCUACACCUCAUCAGGCCACUACCUUUAUCCACCCUUUGACGGGCAAGGUUCUUGACCCAACGAGCCCGCUGGGACUCGCGCUGGCGGCGCGCGAACGAGCGCUUAAAGACGACCGCCGCACGCGUAGAGAUGAUCGGCACUUCGGUAGGCAGCUGUCCAGCACCGGAGCAUUUCCUUCUGCCGCCUCGCCUCCCAAUCAGAAACCAUUGCCUCCUUACUACAUAUACCAGUCACCCGCCUCACUCAACACGUCUGCAACAACAGGAGGGCCGAUGUCCCAGAGACGUCCACCGUCUCCGAGGAUGCUGAGAUUAAGUGGUGGUGGCAUGGAUUGCGGGGAAUUGAAUGAGCAGGGUGUCAUGGACAGAGAGGAGAAAGGAGCAUCCAAGGUGCGGUUUACAGAAAAUCAAGCCGGUCAGUAUCAGAUUAAUAUUCAGGACAACAGAACCAAUCAGUACCACACUUACCUGCGAGACAGAGAGAGGGAGGGGUACAAAAGAAUACCGCCCAAGCCUCCACCCCGAAGACCAUCUUUUUUAGACAAGGAGAUCGAACCUGGGACAGCAGACAAAAAUCCCAACUUUCAAGAGGUAGAGAGAAGAGACGACAGGGGUAGACAAAAGAUGGCAGAUGGUGGGAUGGAGAGGGAAGGAGAAAGGGAGGCAAAGAGAGGAAGGAAUCUUGAGGCUGGAGAUGCUGGAGAUGUGAUGGUGCUUCCACCUCCUGCUCCAUCCAUGGAUGUAGACGACGAGUUUGUCUUUGCAGAGCCCUUACCUCCCCCUAUCCAGUUUGCAAACGGAAUCGAAAUGGACAGACGUGGAUAUAAUCAACAACAGAAGGAGCUGUCAGGAUCUUAUUCGCUCCCGGAGCAAACGCUUUCCAAACUCCCGCAAGAUACCAUUUCCCUACCAGACAACCCUCAUGUUGACUCACAGCAGACACCGGCACAUCCUUCUGCUAUGGUUCUUCCCUUUUUGUUUCCGCCAUCUCCUCUAAUCCCACCUCCCCAGCUCUGUCCCAAAAUACCACCACCAAACGCACCUCAGGGCUACUCCCAGAAUCCGUCACACCCGAACACCAACCAACCUCAACCUUUACAUUCACCCCAGGCGGGAGACUCAGCCGCGUCCAGUCUUACAUCGUAUGACAGCGAGGUGGCUAAUCUCACUCAGUCGGCUUUAUCUCCGUCACUUCCCUCACCUCAAAUAUUCCCUUCCUCCAGUUCUCCUUCUGUCCCAACCUCAGCAUCUGAACCCACGUCGCUGCAUAGGCCUCUACCCCUUUUCUACCCGCCCCAAGGCCACAGUAAUGUUUCUCAUUCAUAUCCUGCAGCAUCUGUCACCACAACAAUGAAUUCUGUAAUCACAGGGGGUCGACGUCCCGCUGCGGUCAAGAGCCGUGAUUGGACGGAACCCGUGGUGGAUUCUGGAAUCGAAGAACUGGACAGUCACAGCAGCAGCGAUCACCACGUGGAAAACCUGGCAGAGCGAAGAGAGAGAGAAGGGGCUCGAGAGCAAGAACGUGCAGCGGGUCAGAGGAGAGAAAGUAUGGAGAGCGGUAUCGAUGGGUUUAAAGAAGACAGAAGAGUGUCACUGGAUCUGUCUCAUACUGAGAAAAUCACCCAAAAGAGGAACAUGUACAAGACCAAACCUCCCAACCCUCCGCCGGCCAAACCGCAAAUGCACAGUGUGUCGAAAUUUCAUACAGAGAACGGUCGAAGCGGACCUGUGCUACAACGGCAGGCCAGCACUGCUCCCAACAUGUACAGGUCAAGAGAGGUGGAGGAACAUGAACAAGUAAGAGGAGGUGAGGGUGCGGGCAAGAUUCCGCCAUUUAUGGACCGCCAUCUGAACUCACCUCUCUCUAGCGUAAAGGCCAGCAUCAUUAAUGAGCUCAGCAGUAAACUACAGCAGCUAGGAGGCUGGCAGAAUCAAGUGCCACCACAAAAUCACAGGUUGUCCGGUGAUCCCACGGCCUGCGCGCCUCUUCACCCUCCCUCUGCACAAUCAUUCCAGCGUCCAUUCUCUCCAAACUCUUUAACAUCCAACCACCCUGCUGAAUGUCUAAACCUCAACCCUGCACCCUCAUCUCCUCUUCCUCUUCCUCUGACCUCUCUAACCCCAGCCAUAACUCCCAUCCCAAUACCUCUGGCCCCGAUACCACCCGCACCUCCUCUCAAAGACUGGACGCCUUCUAACUCUCCGAUCUCUUUUCCUCACGGUGUUCUCUCCCCUCCGUCAUUACCUCACGCCCCCCUCUCUCCCCUCUCCCUCGCUCAUGCACCCCUGUCUCCACCAUCGCUACCUCAUCCACCCAUUUCUCCAAUAUCGCUCUCUCAUCCACCUCUCUCUCCCUCCGCUAUCUCCCACUCUCCUCUCUCUCCAUCGUACUCUCCCUAUCCUUUAUCCCCAAAACUUCGAUCCAAAUAUCGCGCUAAAGAGUUUCAGUUCUUCGGGCCGGAGCUGCGUCGUGCUGAAUCUCAUUCGUACUCCCAGCGCCGGCGAGCACCCAGUCCUCUCAUCUCCUGCUCGGACCACCCUCAACCUGGACCUCCCCGACCAUCCUCGCUCCCCCUUUUUCCAUCCGCACCACUUUACAGCUCUGCAUACGAAAUGCAGCCCCCUCUAACGCCCCCUCUGGGUGUAGCACAUCACUUCUCUGAGCACUUUUUCCCCCAAACUUCUGCUCUCUUCCCACUCCCCUCCCCCGUGGCUCCUCAGAACGUGCUGGUGUCAAGCUCUCUCUCCCCCACCCACUUCCUGUCUGGUGGCUCCUCCCCUUCCUGUAUAAGCUACCCGCCCCUUACUCCGCAUCCACCCAACCUGCCCUUUGUGUCCAAGCCUCUCCCCUACUGGAGCAAAUACGACGUUGCCGAUUGGCUAACAUACCUGAAUCUGUCCGAGCACCGGGAGCGUUUUCUCGACAACGAGAUCGACGGCUCCCAUUUGCCGUCUCUGACGAAAGAAGACUUCCUGGAUUUGGGCGUGAGUCGGGUCGGCCACCGCAUGAACAUUGAGCGUGCACUUAAGAGACUUACAGACAGGUGAGAUAGGAGAGUUUAAGCGAAGCUCAGACAGCAACAUGUGGAUGAGUGUAGUGAGGAAAAGAGUGUUUGUUUGUUUCGAUUUUUCACUGUCCACAUUAAAUGCUUCCUAACAUUUUGCUGUGCAUGGAUAAAUCUGCCUGCAGCUCAACUCCACAAUAAAUGAGUAUUCUGCCCUCUGUUUUCGUACGCUUAAGAUGAAGUUAAGUAAAUGAUGGAAGAUUAAAUCUGAUCUCUGUUAGAUUCUUGUGAUCACAAACUAAUUUUUGUCUCUUUUGACAUUUGUACAUACAGGGUAAGUUGCACCACAGGAUUUUGUGGAGAUUUUUUGUGAUUUCGGCUUGAUUUUUAAGUGGGUUUACACAAUUUUUGCGAUGACAACUGUGGGGAGGGUUUUUGGGGCUGGAGGGAGUUAAAAAUACAACUUGAACUACUCGCAAGCAGAGUUCUUUAAAACUAACACCUGUGAAAACAUUUUUAAUUAAUUUCCUAUAGUUAAAAGGCAUGCAGGAGAUUAAUACUUUAAUAAUGCCUUCAAGUGCUCUCUGAAAUUUGAUAAUUCCCACUUCUUAUGUCAUGAUUCGGAGCUGGUUGUGUUCAAGUGCUUUGUUGUCGGAAAGAAUGGAGGGAGCCAAAUUCAUGCUUGCGUGUGUCUUGGGAAAAUGUAGUAUGGUAAUAGUUUUCAACCAUACAUCCUACAGUACAGUUUUACUAGUCAGCUUGUGGAUUAUUCUGCAAUAUUGGUGAAAUAGCCUACAUGCUGUUUUCACAGUGCAUAAAACAUACAGUAUGAUUCAUAUAUGUAAAUAUGUACUAAUUUGACGACAAGGCUAUGAAACUGUUGCGGAAAAACUAAUAAAUCUUAUCCGUCACAGCAGUAAUCCACCAUGUUGAUUGUGUAAUGCCGCCCAUCUCGGGAACUCGGGUUUCAAAAUAAUUUCCCAACUUCCCAGUGGGACACGCAACAUCGGGCGGUCAUUCGCAUUUUUGUUCCCUGGAAACUCAUGUUUGCAAUAAUUCCGAGAGCACCUGAAGCUAGCAUACCUCAGAUCAAACAACCAGUAAUGUUUCGUUUUAUGUAGCUUCCUGUUUAUGGUUGUGGAUAUGUCCCUGUGAUAACAGACCCCGAUGCGUACACAAACGUUUCAAAAUUUUACAACAACCAUACUUUUAAGAAAUCAGCGUUGUUGUUUCCAGGCAUAUUGUUUAAGAACGAGGCACACACGUUGUUGAGGAUCUCUGCUUGACGUUGGGAGCUGGUUUUGACGGAUUGCACAAUGCGAUGAUGCCAUGUCUUCGGCCAAAUUAUGCGGAAACUCUACGUCAAUCUCCAAAUUUUGCUAGAUUAAUGAUCCUUCUUGGUGCAACCCACCCAUAGUUAUAAACAUGUUUUGUUUUAUACAGUAAUAUAGAUAUUUAUUUUAAAUAUUUCAUUUAAAACAUGCACAAAAUCAUCCAUUUUGUCCAUUACACAUCCUUUGUUGUGUGCGGCAUGGCAUUUAUAUUUCUGCUAACACAAUGGAGCCCUAUAAUUAUACACAUAGCACUUACGUGACUUACUUUUCACGCUGCGAAUUCUUCAUCUCAGUCUAUAGAUGAUAGAUUUUAUCUAGCACUUUUCUUUCUUACCUUAUCUUAUGAGCUCUGCCUCGUUUUUGCCCCUGUGCAUCUCUCCAGGCUUUCCUCUGCUUUCUCUGUCUCCACUGUUUCCUCUGAAGGGCAGAAUGAACGUAUGAAAGAUGAAGCCACUCAGAGCUAGAGGAGAGUUAGGAUGAGGUUAGACAGAAAUGCUAAGACGUCCACUGAUGGACGGAUACGGACUGGAUGUGGAAGAGACAGAAACGCUCUGGAAUACAGAGUUAAAGUUACGUCCUCGCUUCUAGAGCUGAAUUUUUUUCUGAAUUUUGGGUUUGAAUUUUUCUGCGUUGAGCCGGAUGGUGAAACGUCGUCAGACGGACAGUGAAAAUGUGCUUCUUUCAUUGUUUUGGUGAUGACUAGAUCAAGCGUAUGAUGAAUUUUAAUAAUAUCAUUAUUAAAUAAACUCUUAAAAAAGCUGCUUCAAAAGGAGCUUCGAUGCCAUGGAAGAACCUUUUAGCUCCAUAAAGAACCCUUAAACCUUUCUGUUUUACAAAACGUUCUUUUUGGGAAAAAGGUUCUUCAGAUUAUAAAAAGGUAAGAAAGAGAUGGUUCUUUAAAGAACCUUUGACUGAAUGGUUCUUUGUGGAACUAAGAUGGUUCUUCUAUGGCAUCGCUGCGAAAAACCUUUUAAGCCUUUCAAGUGUGUACUGUGCAUAUUCACAUAGCAUCAGGCAUCGUUCAUCUGAUAAUAAUUAUGAUUAAAGUCAACAUGAAAUUUAAUUGACCCAAUUUACUGUCGUAAUGCACAUUCUUGUUUUUUUCCAAAGAAAAUAAAAAAGUUAACUUUUCAGUAUUCAAGCAGUUCCUAAUGGUUAGCUUUUAUUUAUUCUCAUAAAAUACUCUAGUCCUAUUAAAAAAUACAGAAUCAGCCUACAGACAUAAAAUGGGUUGCAAGCAUCUCAUGUCGACUUUAAACAGUAAAAGGAAAAGACAUCGCAAUUCCAAUAAUAUCCAUAUAAGAAUUAAGUAUGUAAAUGUUUUAAUACCAUAAGCAGAAUCAGUCUUCCAAAGAUCAAAACACAAUGAAAGAAUCCAUUGUUUAUAUAGCUUAAGUGCGCUCUGUUCAACACACAAACACACAUUGACCAUGUGCGUGUCUGUAUGUGUGCUUGUGUGUUUGUUAUGCCAGUGGUGGAUGUUUUAUAGGAGUAAAGCAUAACUCAAUUUCAUUUGAAAAUAUAUUUAAGGAAAUAGGAACAAAGGAAAUAUACAGUACAGUAUAUAUAUAUAUGUGUGUGUGUGUGUGUGUGUGUGUGGAGAUGUAUGCAGAAUUUAAAGGUAUAUAUAUAUAAAUAUAAAUAUCAGAUAUUUCUAUUGUUCUGUACAAUAAUUGAUGAAUAU